UAAUUCUUUUACACAUUAGGUUGCCGGAAAUGAGUGAUCUGACGUGUUAAGUGACUGUUUUACUCGACUUCUGCUUGGUGACUCUGGCAAAUAGUCAUCUAUGGAAUGAAGUAGGUACAGGAACUUUGUGUGAGAUAUUUGCAUAGAUUGUCAUCACACCGUGUAACCUGCAGAAGGAAUGCAUAUACGAAGGUCAAUGUGAAUGAAGGUAUAAACUAGCUGAAUUAUUUGGUAGCCUGGACACACACAAAAAAGAAACCGUGAAAAAAGCUGUUUUGUUUGAAGGAAAGGAUAAACAUUUUAAGUGCAGUUUUGAACGCGCAACAAAUGAAACUACGAACGGCUGCCAAGUAAACAAGACGAUGAAGGCCAGCAUGAGGUGGGCCGCUGCUACCUCCCCUCUCCUCUGUUCUCUGGUAGUGUGUCUCUCCGUCGUCACUCCAGCAUCUGCAGAAGGUGUCUGCCAUCACGACGGCUACUACUUCUCAAAUGGCAGUCGGUGGCGUCCCGAGGUGUGCGUGGAGUGCCAGUGCCAGGGAUGGGUGGGUGUGUGUGGCCGGGAAGAGUGCCAUGACCCCAGCUGUCCUCCUCACCUCAUCCUAUACCAUCAUCCUCAACACUGCUGCCCUCGCUGUAUGCCUCCACCCAGACCUUGCCUUGCUGGAGACACCAUGUACCAGGAUGGAAAAGUGUGGUCACCUGGGGGGUGUGAACAGUGCCGCUGUGUGAACGGCACUGUAUCAUGCGGGCGAAAGCCUUGUGGUGUCACCUCGUGUAGAGAGGGCCAGGUGGCAGUGCAGUUGUCUAACCAGUGUUGUCCGGAGUGUGUGCCACUUGGACGAUCAUGCAAGGUGGAAGAGACAGUACACCCUGAUGGAGAAUUCUGGUCACCAGUGAAGUGUUCACAGUGCCAGUGCCGUGAUGGUCAAACACAGUGUCAUGUAGCACACUGUCCUCGCCUCACCUGUCCUGCCAACCACACCCUGGAGGUUGCUGAGGGUUCCUGCUGCCCUACCUGUGAGGGAACACCAUGUGUUGCCAAUGGAAUGGUCUUUGGGUCCUCAGAUCAGUGGCAGGAAGGUCCUUGUAAGAAGUGUGUGUGUGUAGCAGGUCGGAUACACUGUCAUGACAUGGAAUGCCCAAGGUUAGAGUGUCAGCCUCAUGAGGAAUCACACACUGAAGAUGGUGCUUGUUGUCCUAGAUGUGUUAAAAAGCAAGGCUGGUGCCUGUUGGAGAGUGGUGCCCGUAUGCCACCAGGUCACCUCUGGAACACAAGUGAAUGUGAGAUCUGUGUAUGCAGGGAAGCUGAGGUCAUUUGUAAUCAGGUACAAUGUGGGCAUGAUGAGUGUGGUCCAGGGGAGGCAUUGGUGACUCAACCUGGAGCCUGCUGUUCUGAGUGCUCCAUCAACCACAAAGUCUGUUUCCACGAUGGUACACUCCGCGAGAAUGGAGAAGUAUGGAGUUCUGGGAAUUGUCAUAUUUGUUCAUGUACUUCAGGGACUGUUACAUGUUAUGUGCCUUCUUGCCCUCCAUGCCCCUUUGGCCUGGUGGCCAGCAGUCAAAACACAGAGCAGUGCUGCCAAGAGUGUCAGCCUUUAGCAUGUCCUCCAAACUGUCUCAUGUGUUCUCCUGGUGAAACUCAGAUAACAUGUAAAGUGUGUGAGGAAGGACAUUAUCUCCAGGAUGGUAAUUGUGUCGAGACCUGCAGUGACAAAAGAUUUCAACAAGGGAGGGAGUGUGAAGCUUGUCACCCAUCCUGCAAGACCUGCACACAAGCCACCAGAUUCCACUGCACAGAGUGUUCUUCUGGGGAGUUACUGCGUGAGGGUGAGUGUGUAAGUGACUGUGGCCUUGGGUUUUAUUCUGAGGGUGGAGCCUGCCUCCCCUGCCAUGCCUCCUGCAGUGAGUGUUCUGGACCAGCAGAUAACCAGUGUCAGGUGUGCCCCAGUAAGGCCUUCCUUCAUGCUGGUACCUGUGUUGACAACUGCCCCUCAGGUCAUUAUGCUAGAGAACAAGUAUGUGAAUCAUGUGAGGAAAGUUGCGAGCACUGCGGAGUUGGGGAAUGCUUGCAGUGCCUCCAAGGUUUUUGGCUGCAAGAAGGACACUGCAAAAAGGACUGCUUGCCAGGAUAUUACCAGGGUCCUGAUAGUGCAUGUAUUAGUUGUCAUACUUCUUGUGGGACAUGUCAUAGUGCUGGAAUAGCUUCCUGUCUUUCGUGCCCACACUACCUCUUCCGUAGUGGGUCAACAUGUGUGAGAGUGUGCCCAGGAGGAACUUACAUCGAUGAUAAGGAGUGUCUCCCAUGUCAUGAAUCCUGUGUUGACUGCCUUGGACCUGGACCAGAUAGGUGUGUAGUGUGUUCAGAAGCAGGGCAGGUGGUAGUGCUGAACAAUGUAACCUCUGGCAGUUGUCAAGACAGCUGCCCACCAGACUAUAAGCAGCUGGACCACAUCUGUAUUGCUCCACCACCUGGAUGUGAAGUAUGGCAUGUAUUAGAGCCCACAGCAUGUCAGAAGUGUAAAGAGGGUUGGCUCUUACAGGGCACCCAUUGUGUACAGCAGUGUGGUACAGGCUUCUAUCAACACACUGAAAAGAAUGUUUGCUUAUCAUGUGACCCAAGGUGCCAUACAUGCUCUGGUCCAGGUCACAGGAGUUGCCAGAGCUGUCAUAAGGGUGCCACACUACACCAACGAGCAGCAGGUGCCAAAUGCCUUACAAAAUGUUACCACCGUCAUUAUCUAGCAUCAGAUAGCACUUGCCAAACCUGCCACUCAUCGUGCAAAGUUUGCACCUUAGACAUAACCAAUACAUCUACCUCCUUCUGUGUGCAUUGCAAAUCAAGUCGCAAAAUAAGUGAAGGUGAGCAUUGUGUUCAUGAAUGCAGUCAUGGAUACUUCCAUGACCAAGAGUCAAACAGGUGUCAAAAAUGCCAUCCAAGUUGUGAGACUUGCAUGGGAACUCAACUUAAUAACUGCAAAACUUGUCCCAAGGGAACCAAGCUGACUGAUGAGGGUAUAUGUGAGGAAGGUUCUUGCCCCAGUGGAUCCUACCUAACACCAGAAAAUUCUUGCCAAAGUUGUGAUGGUGGUUGUGAAAUUUGUUCCUCUGAUGGCUCUACAUGCUUAACGUGUCCACCAACUAAACAUCUUUUGUAUGGAAAAUGUGUCAACAAGUGUCCCAACAUGUUUUAUACUGAUGCUUCUGCUAAUGGAGAAUGCCGGGAAUGUCACUGGACAUGUGAGAAGUGCCUAGGACCCUCUGAAGCAGAUUGCCUAACCUGCGGAUCCAGUAUGUUCCAUGAGGGCAACAGAUGCCUUGCACAGUGUUCACCAGGCCACUACCCCAUUGGCAAGGAGUGUAGAGCAUGUUCAGGAGGAUGCAGCAAAUGCAACAGUAGUACAGCUUGCCAGGCCUGCCAGGCCCCAUAUCUUCUACAGGAUGGACACUGUGUCACUUCAUGCCAGCCAGGAACCUUUGCAAAUGUGUUUGACAACAUCUGUUAUGACUGUGGCAACAAAUGCCUCGAGUGCUCCCUCUAUGAGUGCCACACCUGCAAAUCUCCACACCUUCUUCAAGAUGGGCAGUGUGUUGACCAGUGUGGCAAGAAUUACUUCCCAGAUGUUGUGACUGGAGUUUGUUUCUAUAAUAUUGAUAAACCUACAAUCCAUAUCCUGGCACCGCUAGUUGUGGAGUAUGGCAAGCCAUUAUCAGUUAAUAGUUCUUUUUUAUACAUUAAGGAUGCUGAUACUCCAAGUGAUCAGCUGGUGGUGACUGUAGAAGAAACUCCUUCAAAUGGAGAAAUAUACAGAUUUGUCAAAGGUAGAAAUGUUCAGUUAAAGAAUGGAAAUAUAUUCAAAGUUGAAGAAAUGCAAGAAAACCAAAUAUUUUUUAGACACGAGGCAGAUAAACCACUAUAUGGAGAAAUGCGUCUCAGUGUUUCAGAUGGCCAGUAUCGGUCUGUGACUGAAGUUGUUUCUAUAAAUGUUAUUUCAAAAUAUCCACCUGAAAUUGUUAAUAAUGAGCCCCUGCUCAUUUACCAAGGACACAGUGAAUCCAUAGACACAAAAAUAUUGAGCAUCCAUGAUUAUGACAACCCAGAAAGUGUCACUAUUAGGGUAGUGGAUGGUCCAAGCCAUGGUGAGUUGUCUGUAGGUGGAGAAGAACUUGUGUUGUUUACCAUAGAGGAGUUGGUGCAGGGACAAGUGCUGUACAGCCACGACAACUCUACCUCUAAAUCAGAUGUGAUCCUGUUGCAGGCAAGUGAUGAACACAAUGUGAUCAACUAUCUCUUUCAAGUGUACAUUAUAAAGGAAGAAAACAGUGUCCCAGUUUUAAUCAAGAAUCAAGGAGCUCAGGUUCAGUCAGGUCACAAAGUCCAGAUAUCCCCUCAACUUCUACAAGCCAAAGACAUAGAUUCAGAUGAUGAGAACUUGGUCUACACCCUCCUCCCUAUGCUCCAAAACCCCGGUCAAGGGCAGUUGACCUUAAUCAUUCCACUGCCACCUGCCCCAGACGGGUUUUACAAUGAUGGCUGGACCCAGAUGGACGAGACCCAUCUUGUCAGACCCACUACAAGCUUCACCCAGCGUGAUGUGAAUGAAGGCCGUGUGUGGUAUGUUCACUCAGGAGAGCAAGGUGGGGACAUGACGUCAGACCAGUUGCUCUUCUCUGUGACCGACAGCUCACACCCACCAAACAUGCUGGCUGACCAGUCCUUCAUUAUCCAGGUGGAACCUUCACCCGAGAAGAUGGAGAUGUUCCCAGCUCCAGGCAUCCAGUUUGGUAUAACCGUGCAGGAAGGUCAAGCAGUAACAAUCACCCCUGGCCAUCUGUCAUUCUCAGGAGUAGAGUCAGCAGAGCAUCUAGUGUAUACCAUUACUCACCCAUUAGGGCCUUCUGAUGGCUCACUUUUCCAUAUUGACUCACCUGGAUUGGAACUCCGUCAGUUCAUGCAAGCAGACAUUAACGAUAUGAAAAUUAUAUAUAUGCCUCCUUUGGCAGACAUGGGACAAGAGGAUAAAUAUUUCAGUUUUAAAUUCACAGUGUCAGACCAAAUGACAGGAGAGCCAAACAAGUUGCCCGAGCAGAAGUUUACCAUUCAUGUGGUCACCCAGAAGGGUACGCAACUCUCCUUCUCUCAUGAGAACCCCGAGCUGGUCAUCAGUAGUCAUGCCUCAGUACUCUUGGAGCGAGAGUUCUUUGAGCUGAGUAACUUAGAACCUAAAGAGGAGGUUAUCUUCAUCCUGUUGGAAGCACCUCUCCAUGGGACCUUAACCAUAGAAAUUGAUGAUGAAUCCUCUAUAUUUACUGAAGAGGACAGUUUGGACUAUAAAGAAAUAGGUAACGCUCGGAUCUUGUACAGCCAUGAUGGGUCAGACACCACAUACGACUCAUUUGUUUUCCUUGCACUGGGCCACUCUUCAGAGGCAAGCUCUCGCAUUGCAAUUACGAUUCGUCAUGAUGAUCAGCAACAACCAAUGAGAAGCGACAAUGCCACAUUUUCUAUGACAUUAAAUGAAUAUGAAUCAAAAGUUGUUAGUAGUUGGCACCUUCACUUCACAGACAUCCAUUCCAAUGAUGAGGACUUGGUUUAUACCCUCAUCAGUCAGCCCCAGUAUGGUGCUCUGGUUACUACUGAACCUUCAGGAAUAACAAGAAAGCUUAAUGAAACCCAUAAGUUUACUCAGGCAGAUAUUUUCUAUGGUUUAGUCAACUACACAUCAGAUAAAGAAAUUGGGAUGAAAGCUGUGACCGAUAAAUUGGUUUUUAAUGUAACCGAUCCUCAAAAUAAUGUCCUCAGUAAUCAGGUGUUGAAGGUGAUGAUCCAGAAUGUAGAUAAUAAAGAGCCUGUAGUGGUGGUAGAAGAUCCCAUCAUUGUUGCAGAGGGCAGUAGUGUGGUCCUUCCACCAGCCUCCAUCACUGUCCAUGAUGUAGAUACUCCUUCAUCCAGUCUUGUAAUUGUAGUUGAUGCCCCCCCAAUAUUUGGAUAUAUUACUAAUACUAAUGCUGAGCCUAAGAGCACCCCUGGAGAGACAUCACCAAUGUUGGAGUUUGCUCUGUUAGACUUGCAAGAAAGCAGAGUAACAUACAUUCAAUCUCAGCAUCGCCAUCAAGAGCCUGUCCAUGAUUCUUUUCUCUUCCAUGUCACGGAUGGCAUGAAUGAAUCACCUGUCCUGAGGUCUAAUAUCACUAUCCAGCCUACGAAUGAUGAGUCGCCAGUUAUAUUAGGAGAGCAGGUGGUGGUAGAAAAAGGUCAGACUGUAGUCAUCCGCAACCAGUCACUCUUCAUAUCUGACACAGACACUGAGCCUGAGGACCUCAUUGUGAAAAUAGAACAACCACCCAGUCGUGGAUCUCUACACAGGAAGAUAUCCCAAGAAUCUUCUAUCAAAAACAGUGAGCUGCUUACUAGAGGUCAGAGCUUCACUUUUCAAGACCUGUUAGAUGAGCUUAUUCUCUAUAGUCAUGAUGGCUCUAGAGACCCAGAAGACAUUAUGGAAAUUAUGGUUAGUGACAGCAACCACGAAACAGGUGGAAUAGUUGAGUUCAUCAUACUGCAGAAGACGGAUGAGGCUCCAAGAUUACUCCUCAACCAUGGCCUCACACUCAAAGCUGGUGAGGUCUCAAUCAUCUCUCCCUCUCUGCUAAUUGCUGAGGAUGUUGAUUCUGAGACUGAGAUGAUAAAAUAUGUUGUAACCAGUUUACCAGUAUCUGGAAAACUUGAGAUAUACCAACCUCAAUCUGAUAUAUGGAGUCCAUUAGUUGUGGGCUCCAUGUUUAUGCAGAAAGACAUCCUCAAUGGCAACGUUAGGUUUGUGCACAAGAAAGAUACACCGAGUGGAACAGAUACUCUACGUUUUAACCUCCAAGAUACAGAAGGGAACGUGAUGAUGGAUCAAGCCCUCUCUAUCACCGUGCUAGAAGAUAAAGAGCCACCACGCAUUACUAUCAACAUGGGCCUUACCCUCAUGGAGGAUGCUUCAGCUGCUCUUACUGCAGACCUUCUCUCAGCCACCGAUACUGAGUUAGAUCCCAUGGAUUUAAUCUAUGCUCUGUUGAGUGGGCCAAGUCAUGGACGACUCGAGCUAACAACAAUUCCGGGAAAGGCCGUGUCAACAUGGACUCAAGGAGCAUUAGAGUUGGGGCUUCUUCAGUACCAACAUCAGACCAUGGAUGAGAGCACUACAGACGAGUUCACUUUUAUUGUUUCAGAUGGGUAUAAUAAUGUGAGUCAGUCUUUCAACAUCAACAUCAAUCCUGUGGAUGAUGAACUUCCCCUUCUUGUUACAAACCACAUCAAAGUUCAGGAAGGAACCAGGAAAAUCAUCUCUCAGUUUGAACUAGAAGCUUUAGAUGCUGACACAAGAGAUGAACUGAUCACUUUCACUGUGGUACGAGGGCCCCAACAUGGAAAGCUACAGGUGGUUGUGAACGAAGACUAUAUGGAUUUUAAGACUUUCACAAUGCUAGAUAUAUAUAACGGGGACGUGUCUUACCUCCACGAUGGUUCUGACACAUACCGAGACUCCUUUGACGUCGUAGUGUCAGACUCCACCAACACAAUGUACCAACAUGGGAGGAGUGAGGAUGUCGACACUCGGCCCUCUACCAUCCAUGUGGAAAUCUCAGCAGUAGAUGAUGGGACACCAAUACUAACAUCAAACAGGGGACUCCAUUUUCUACAACAGAAGGAAGGCAGGGCUCAGAACCUGAUAACAACACAUGAACUUCACAUAGAGGAUGAAGACACCCUACCUGAGAGUCUUGUUUUCUCUGUGACUCAGCCCCCUAAUCAUGGUGUCAUUAGGCUCACCACCAGAGAGAGACCUGUACCUUCAUUUACUCAAGCUGACAUCAUUGCAGGUCAUGUAUACUACGAGCUCACCACUUAUACACAUGACAUAACCAAUGAUAAGUUUACCUUUGAAGUAACUGAUAGUAAACCUAAUGUUGUGUCAGACAAUGUCUUUCAUAUUCAGUGGGCAUGGUUUUUAAUGGCCAGAAGAGAGUAUAAUGUAACAGAAACUAAUGGUGAAGUUAAAAUAUUGGUGAAAAGGAGUGGAAAUUUGAAGCAACAAUCAUCAGUUACCUGCACCACACAUGGAGGCUCUGCAAGAGGAAAGUCAAAUGGAUCACAAAAUAAGGAUUUUGAAGUUACUUCAGAACCUGUACAGUUUAAUGAAGGAGAAACUGAGAAGUACUGUAUGAUACCUAUCCUUGAUGAUGAAAUAUUUGAAGGUCCAGAGUCUUUUAGUGUUAAGUUAAUUGACCCAAAUUAUGCAUUAUUAGGAAAACCAAAGAAGUCAGUGGUAACAAUUAUUGACAAUGAAGACAAACCUUCAAUUGCUUUUGAAACUAGUCGUUUUAUUAUCCGUGAAACUGACGAGAUGAUCUUUGCUCGCUUGAAACGUAGAGGAGAUGUCAACCUGCCUGUGUCUGUGAUAUGUGUUAGUGAAGAUGGAUCUGCUAAAGGAUCUGAACCACACCAAAUAACAAAUGGAAGUGACUUUAUACAUCGCUAUUAUGAGGAAUCAUCCAGGGUUGUUUUUCCUCCUGGUAUUCAAGUUGCUUCUUGCAACAUAAAAAUCAUUGAUGAUUCAAUAUUUGAAGUUAAUGAAGAUUUCAAAUUAAUAUUGAAAGAUCCUUCUGAUGGUGUAACACUUGGUGAGAUACAGGAAGCUACUGUCACCAUUAGAGGACCCAAUGACCACAGUACAAUCAGUUUCAUUCAAUCAGACUAUAACGUAUCAGAAAGUGAUGGUACAGUGUCAGUUCAGUUAGAACGCACUGGUGUGGAUUUAAGUUACCCAUCAACCGUUUGGUGUGCUACCAAGUCUUAUACCCCAGAGGAAGCUCAGCCUUCUCUCGAUUAUGUCCCCCACUCAGAGCAAGUAAAUUUUGAGGAGAGUCAAAAACAUGCAGCUUGUACCAUUAAUCUUAUUGAUGAUAAAGUUAACCCAAAACUUGAAGGCCCAGAGCGGUUCAAAGUCUUCAUUAGCACUGCCCAAAAUGCAUCUGUUAGUAGUGUUUUAUCAGAAACAAUUGUAACCAUACUUGAUGAUGAAGAUGCACCUUCUAUGCAGUUUACUGUGCCUGAAGUUAAAGUGCGAGAAAACCAAACUGUCGUGAAGAUCCCAAUACAGAGGUCAGGGGACCUUAGUCGAGUGUCAACUGUGUAUUGCUUUACACGUCAGCGGUCAGCAAAGGCAGGUAUUGACUUCAUGGAGCGGCCUAAUACCAGGGAUUCCUUAGUGACAUUUCCAAAAGGUGUUUCCAAAGUUGAAUGUGAAAUUGGACUUCUAGAUGAUUUGGUGUAUGAGAAGGAAGAAAAGUUUAUCGUUAAAUUAUCUCACCCGGGUUCUCCGUCAGACCUUCGUCCUCACAUUGGUGAAAAUAAAAUAGUACGAGUGACCAUUCUGGACUGGGAAGACAGGCCAAGAGUGUCACUACAACAUGGUGUAUACACAGUUGCUGAACCCCAAGCAAGGGAUCUAACUUCCAGCCUCACUGUCCCUAUAAUCAGACUUGGUGACAUAUCUCAAGUCUCCCGAGUGAUGGUUUCAACUAGGGAUGGUUCAGCUGCUUCAGGGUCAGACUACCAUCCACUCCAUGCUGAAGUAGAGUUCUCACCCGGGGAUACAAUGGUUGAUGUUGAAAUCACCAUUGUUCACAACCCUGAGCGCCAGUGGCAUGAGACCCUCUCAGUGGUGCUGGGCCCUCAAGACCCCAUUAAUGCUGAAUUAGGAGCCAUCAUAUCUGCCACCAUCACAAUUUUAGACCAUGAAUCAUCUGGCAGCUCAGUCCUCCCAGCACCUCCUAUAGUUGUCUCUCUACUGCACUUCGAUAACAUUGAAGAGCAUCUUGGGGAACCUGCAAGUCCAGGAUACCCACUAGUUUGCAUCACACCCUGUGAUAUGAAAUAUCCUGAAAAUACUGUUACUGGUGAGAUGUGUUCUGAAGCUGGGUUAAAUUCUACUUCCAUACAAUAUUCGUGGGAGGUUGCUGUUCCUGCUGAUGGUGAUGGAAGUCUUACUCCUUUUCACUCACUCACAGAUGGUACUUUAUUUGCAAAUCCACACACUAAAGUAUUAGAUUCAAUGUUCUUUGCUCGCCACUUCUGGGUACGAUGCAUUGCCCAGCCUAUCAAGAGUGAUGGUGUAUUUGGAGUUCCCCUGCGGAGUAAAGCUAUAUCUAUUGGCAUUCAAAAUGGGAUAUGCCAGACACCACUUGUGCCAGGACAACCAGGUGGAUUCCAGAGCCAGUCUUUUAUGGCCACCCUGUCAUACAUUAAUUCUACAGAUGAAAGUCACCCUAACACAGUAAAGAUAUAUGUAGAAAUUCCUCAUCAAGAUGGCAUGGUUCCUGUGUUGUCAACUCUUCCAAUCCACAAUUUGCGAUACCUUUUAACUGAACAGCUCUACCGAGUGCAUCACCUGUGCUCCAACCUUGAUCCAUCAGUUGGGUUCUUGGAUGAGUCCCCACUUCAGUCUCCACUUCAUCCUAGGCCAUAUCAGUGGGAUGAAAAUCUUCGGGAGAAUAAAACACUGCAACUAUAUCGUCACUUGGACCUGAAGACUUGUAUGUGGACCUUCUCUGCCUGGUUCUCAAUGUCACAGUUGGUAGACCGGUGUGGUGGUCAGGUUGUCUCAGAUUUCCAGGUUGGCUCUGGCGGGCAGAGUUUUCUAACUGUACGUGUGCCUCUGUACAUCUCUUAUGUGUAUGCAACAUCACCACCCGGCUGGGCAUCAGUCGACCACAGAACAGAACUUUCAGUGUCACUUUAUUACAAUACGCUUCUAUGGCACCAGGGUCUACACACACAGCCUACUCUUACUGCCAAGAUACAGGUAACAAGAAUAUCCAUAGAUGAAUCUGGUCGGUUGGUAAUCGACUUAAAGACAAUGGCAAAGUUCCGUGGUCAGUUUGUUUUGCAUCACUCAAACUUGGAUGAGUAUUCAUCUCAACUCAAGGCUCCAAAAGAACUGGACAUCCAAUUCUCCCUUGUACUUCUGUGGACUGCUUCCACUUGGGAUGGCCCAGAACAGGUAUGGCGAGCUGUGAGUGAUUAUAAUCUCAAGGACUAUACUGGGGAGUACACGUUGGAGUUGAUCCCCUGUACUGUGAGCCCAACACAGUCUUUCACUGUAACUGAACCACUUCCUUGCACACCUCAUCCUCCAGCAACCUUCACAUUGCCUAUUGCCAUUCAACAAACUCAUCGUCCAGUUCCGCUUGUCUACACUCUCAACACAGACUUCCAGCUUCUCAACAGUCCAGCUCUGUUCCUUACAGAUCCAAGACAGGUUGAUAACUUGCAGGAGGUGGAUUAUAAAGGAAGCUAUGGUCCAGGCCAGACAAUCUACGGCAGAGUGUUGUGGCACCCAAGUCAGGAUCUCCAUUCUGCCUACCAAUUAUACAUUCAGCGAGUUUUCCUUUGUACUGGUGCAGAAGGGUAUGUGCCAACAUAUGACCCAACCGGUGAGCUUUAUCAAGAGGGACCACAAUAUGGAUGUAUACAGCCUUCCAGCAAGCUUCGUCACAGGUUUCUCAUUCUGGAUAGAGAACAGCCUUCUAUGAGUGAGGGCAACACAAGUCACCCCCAUAUAAUAGCACACUUUGCUGAGGAUAUACCCAAGUUUGAUGCCCUUCGUCAAUUCUCAGGUGUUGAUGGAUUCCUCUUAAACACUGAUGGCCUUUACCAGGUUAAUUCUGGCCACCAGUGGUACUUACAGGUCCUUUAUACAAUUGGCCCCAAUAGUGAUCGAAACCGAAGAGAUACAACUCUCCACACAGCCUUCUCUCAUGUUGCAUCUCCAAGGAGUCAUAUUCAUAUCAGUAAUGAAGAGGAAAUUUAUAAAACAGAUCUGGAUACAGCAAGUAUAAGAUCAGUUAUAUCCAAUGGGCCAUCAGAAGAUUCUUCGCAGGAUCUCCAUACCUCUGGAGAGAUAUCUGACCUUACUGAAGACCUUCCAGUACCAGCCUUUUUAACAUCUCUUCACACUCGUAAUGGAACAAACAUGAGGGGUUUUCAGAUAACAUUAGCCAAUGCCACUAAUUCUGAUGACUCGGUCUUCCAUAAUGUUUUGUAUGUUGUAAUAACUCUUAUUGUUUUGCUUGCCAUCAUCAUUGCAGGCCUACUGGUUGUAAAGAGAUUCUUUAGAAACUCAGAAAAGGACAAAGUGAUUGUUGUGCGUAGUUUAAAGAAUGAACGGGAAGAGUUCAGGAGAAAAGGUGAAGGGAAAACAUUAGAGAGACCCAAAACACUUCCACCCAACAUGACUCUAAACAGUGAAAGUAAUUUGCAGACAGUCAAAGUGAAAACAUUAGCAAUAACUGUUAGAAAUAAUUUAGAAGAUGAAGGAACUGAAGUGUGAACACUGUGAACACCAAAAUUUCUUUUGCUUUCUGUAAUGAAACAUGAAAUAAAGAGUGUACAGUACAGCACUUUAUCUCUGAACUCUGUGAAUGUGAAUUCCUGUAUUUUAAGUACAGUACAAGGCAAUAAUAUGAUUUAAUCUUGAAAAAGAAAGUGAUUUUAAAUAGUGAGUGUGAAGACUCACUUGCUUUAAGACAUGUUUGUCAAGAGAUUGUGCCAUAUAGUAACUGCAUAAGGAUCACUUUCUGUGAGUAAGAAGAUUAAUAAUAUGAAAUACUGUACAACAAUUGAACAGAAUUAGUUGGAGAUUACAGCUGCUAUCAUACUUGAUGAGAAGAAAAUUCAAUCUCCUUUAUAAUUGCCAGUCUGGUCAUAGCAAAGCCAGACUCAAAACACUACACCAGGGUUUUGGCAAUGUGUUUGUUGUGGUAUCUUUUAAGCUUUUCUUUUACAGAAUACACAAAGGAAAAAGGUGUUUUUUAUAUAAAUUUAUUUAAUAGCUGUGAUAGGACACUGUUGUAAAGUGACUUACUAAUGUGACUUGAAUUUCAUUUGAAAAGAAAAUAGCUCGUAAUAGUGUGACAAUUUUUCUGGUCAAACAACUGGUGAUUACUGUAAUUAAAGAUGUGUCGUUCUGUGAUCAUAAAAAUUAUCAGCUAUGAUGAUUUGUUCCGCUGACCAAUGUUCCUUGGCAAAUGACCUGAACAGUUUUAUUUACUGUAUACAUGCCUGGGUUAACCAAUACCAAUGUCUCACUCAAUGGGUAUGUUCAUUACUCUAUUUUUUAUUGUUCCUCAUUAGUUAGGUCUUUGUACUCAUCCAAGAAAGUACAACACUACUUUUCUGCUUCCACUCAAGAUUCUUCAUUUGUGCUAAAUUUCAGAUAAUGAAGUCUUAUCCAUUUCUAGUGAAUGUAGCUGUUUGCACAAAGGCGAUUUUACUUAUAUUCAUCUAAGAAAUCAGUGGUCAUUGUUCUGCCUCCACUCAAGAUUCUUCAAUUGUGCUAAAUUCUCUGUAAUGGUGCCUUAUCCUUGAGAAGGCAGUCAUGUGCACUACUGUAUAUGUCAAUGCAACUGUUACAUUCAUUUUAAUACUAUAUUCCUAUGGGUUGUCCUCUCAUGUUCUAUUUAAAGUGUGAUUAUAUUAUUAUAUUCUGUGUCCCUUUUUCUGGAGACGUACAAAAUCCACAAGAUUAUAAACUUUAAGAAAAGGAAAUACCCAAGAAUUUAGUUAUAAAAGUGUUUGGCUGUUUCCCUUUCAGUGCCUUAAUCGUGAUCAUGAUACUUUGAAUCUCAAAAGGUGCUAUGUGUAGUCUAUUAUAUUAGCAGACAAAAGACUGAUUGAUAUUAUCUUUCAACUUUUGUUUAGAUAAUUUUGUUUUGUAAUGCGUGUAUUACGUGUAUUUAAUCGUUCAACAAGUCAUCAUUUUCAACUCAUUUCCUCACUUGAAAUCACUACUCAGGUGUAUGAAGACACUGCCACAUUGAAAAACUAAUUACUGAAUGUUUAUUUAUUUAAUAAAGAGAAAAAACGUG